AGAGUAACACGUAACGCGGGCGGGGAAGAGGCGUGUCCGAGACGCAUGAGGUGUACGAGUGUCUGAGGUACCGUACCUAGCUGUGGCUCUCCAGCUGCUGCUGAAGGGAGAAGAGGCAUGUCUGCGCUUGCAACUGAAGUCUUUUUUCCAGCACCUCACUCCUGCCCCGAGAAUUAGAGGGGAGAAACCGAAACCUGGAUGGGCUUGGCCCUCUCCUACAGCUCGAGUGGAGACCCCCGCCUUGCCAGGUAAAAAAAAAAUAGCUGUAUCAACUCAGGGAAGCAAUAGCCUCACUGUAUUUUAAACAUAUCAACAAUGAAGCACUGAUAUCUGAGAACAAAAGAGCUUUUGCCAACUAACUGUCAUCACAAUUUCCAGUGAUUGUAUAAGAAGAAACAAAAUAACAGCAGACACAUGUGCCAACUAGGAUAGAAAAAUCCUUUCCUCGGAUGCUACUUAUGCAGAAGCAGUUUUAAUAUAGAUCAUUUAAAUUAUAUCUCCACCAAAUGAAAUAAAAAUGAGUGAAGCUCCCAGAUUCUUUGUUGGACCUGAAGAUACAGAAAUAAAUCCUGGAAGUUAUAGGCAUUUCUUCCACCAUGCAGAUGAAGAGGAAGAGGAAGAAGAUGAGUCUCCUCCAGAAAGGCAGAUUGUAGUUGGAAUAUGUUCCAUGGCAAAGAAAUCUAAAUCCAAACCAAUGAAGGAAAUUCUGGAACGGAUCUCCUUAUUUAAAUAUAUCACAGUAGUAGUAUUUGAAGAGGAAGUUGUAUUGAAUGAACCAGUGGAAAAUUGGCCUUUAUGUGAUUGUCUUAUUUCUUUCCAUUCUAAAGGAUUUCCACUGGACAAAGCAGUUGCCUAUGCCAAACUCAGGAAUCCAUUUGUAAUCAAUGACUUGAAUAUGCAGUAUCUCAUACAAGAUAGGAGAGAAGUAUAUAGUAUUCUUCAAGCUGAAGGUAUCUUACUUCCUCGUUACGCGAUUUUGAACCGUGAUCCAAAUAACCCCAAAGGUAAAAAAUGCAAUCUGAUUGAAGGGGAAGAUCAUGUAGAAGUAAAUGGGGAAGUUUUCCAAAAGCCAUUUGUAGAAAAGCCAGUCAGUGCAGAAGAUCACAAUGUUUACAUUUAUUAUCCAACUUCUGCUGGAGGUGGAAGUCAGAGACUCUUUAGAAAGAUUGGCAGUAGAAGUAGUGUAUAUUCCCCAGAAAGCAAUGUACGAAAAACAGGGUCAUAUAUAUAUGAAGAAUUUAUGCCUACAGAUGGUACUGAUGUUAAGGUUUACACAGUGGGUCCAGAUUAUGCUCAUGCUGAAGCUCGAAAAUCUCCAGCACUUGAUGGCAAGGUAGAACGAGACAGUGAAGGAAAGGAAGUAAGAUACCCUGUUAUUCUCAAUGCACGAGAGAAAUUAAUUGCUUGGAAAGUCUGCCUUGCUUUUAAGCAAACAGUUUGUGGCUUUGAUUUAUUACGGGCCAAUGGACAGUCCUAUGUCUGUGAUGUCAAUGGCUUCAGUUUUGUGAAAAAUUCCAUGAAGUAUUAUGAUGAUUGUGCAAAAAUACUUGGAAACAUUGUAAUGCGAGAGCUUGCUCCACAAUUUCAUAUCCCCUGGUCGAUACCCUUAGAAGCUGAAGAUAUUCCAAUUGUACCAACUACAUCUGGGACUAUGAUGGAACUCAGAUGUGUCAUAGGUGUCAUACGUCAUGGAGAUAGAACACCAAAACAAAAAAUGAAAAUGGAAGUGAGGCACCAAAAAUUUUUCGAUCUUUUUGAAAAGUGUGAUGGAUAUAAAUCAGGGAAGUUAAAACUCAAAAAACCAAAACAAUUACAGGAAGUGCUUGAUAUUGCACGACAGCUUCUUAUGGAACUAGGGCAAAAUAACGAUUCUGAAAUUGAGGAAAACAAGUCCAAACUUGAACAACUUAAGACUGUAUUAGAGAUGUAUGGUCAUUUUUCUGGAAUAAAUCGUAAGGUCCAGUUGACUUACCUCCCACAUGGGUGUCCUAAAACCUCUAGUGAAGAGGAAGACAGCCGAAGGGAAGAGCCAUCCUUACUGUUGGUUCUAAAGUGGGGAGGAGAACUAACCCCUGCAGGCAGGGUCCAGGCUGAAGAACUUGGAAGAGCUUUUAGGUGUAUGUAUCCUGGAGGUCAAGGAGAUUAUGCAGGAUUUCCUGGUUGUGGUUUACUUCGGUUACACAGCACCUACCGACAUGACCUCAAAAUAUAUGCCUCUGAUGAAGGGCGAGUCCAGAUGACUGCAGCUGCUUUUGCAAAGGGGCUAUUGGCUCUAGAAGGAGAGCUUACACCCAUUCUUGUUCAGAUGGUGAAAAGUGCGAAUAUGAAUGGUCUUUUGGAUAGUGAUAGUGAUUCUUUGAGUAGCUGUCAACAACGUGUGAAAGCAAGACUUCAUGAAAUACUUCAGAAAGACAGAGAUUUUACUGCUGAAGAUUAUGAAAAGCUUACUCCAUCUGAAAGCAUAUCUCUUAUCAAAUCAAUGCAUUUAAUUAAAAAUCCUGUGAAGACCUGUGACAAAGUUUAUUCUCUGAUUCAAAGUUUGACUUCUCAAAUCAGACAUCGAAUGGAAGAUCCAAAAUCAUCAGAUAUUCAGCUCUACCAUAGUGAAACCUUGGAGCUUAUGCUACGUAGAUGGUCCAAGUUGGAGAAGGACUUUAAAACAAAGAAUGGAAGAUAUGAUAUUAGUAAGAUUCCUGACAUAUAUGACUGUAUAAAAUAUGAUGUCCAGCAUAAUGGUUCUUUGAAAUUAGAAGACACGAUGGAAUUAUACAGGCUUUCCAAGGCAUUAGCAGAUAUUGUUAUCCCUCAGGAAUAUGGUAUAACUAAAGCUGAAAAACUGGAGAUUGCCAAAGGCUACUGUACUCCUCUAGUUAGAAAAAUCCGCUCAGACCUGCAGAGAACACAAGAUGAUGACACUGUAAAUAAGCUCCAUCCUGUGUAUUCCAGAGGUGUUCUAUCUCCUGAACGUCAUGUCCGUACCAGAUUAUAUUUUACCAGUGAAAGUCAUGUACAUUCUUUACUAUCUAUUCUUCGCUAUGGUGCCUUAUGCAAUGAAUCAAAGGAUGAACAGUGGAAACGAGCUAUGGACUAUCUAAAUGUUGUCAGUGAACUCAACUACAUGACUCAGAUUGUUAUUAUGCUUUAUGAGGACCCUAACAAGGAUCUUUCCUCAGAAGAACGCUUUCAUGUUGAGUUGCAUUUUAGUCCAGGAGCCAAAGGUUGUGAAGAAGAUAAAAAUUUACCAUCUGGCUAUGGAUACAGACCAGCUUCCAGAGAGAGUGAAGGCAGGAGAGCUUUUAAAAUUGAUAAUGAUGACGAACCACAUACUUCUAAAAGAGAUGAGGUUGAUCGAGCCGUAAUACUGUUUAAACCGUUGGUAUCAGAGCCAAUUCAUAUACACAGGAAGUCUCCACUUCCACGAUCUAGGAAGAUGGCUACAAAUGAAGAAGAGAGCCCCCUGAGUGUGUCUAGCCCAGAGGGUACUGGUACCUGGCUGCAUUAUACCAGUGGUGUGGGUACUGGGCGUCGAAGACGCAGAUCAGGGGAACAAAUCACUUCUUCCCCUGUCUCCCCCAAAUCAUUGGCUUUCACAUCCAGUAUUUUUGGCUCAUGGCAACAGGUUGUAUCUGAAAAUGCUAAUUACCUUCGAACACCAAGAACUCUUGUGGAACAGAAGCAGAACCCUACUGUAGGGUCUCACUGUGCGGGCCUGUUUAGCACCUCAGUGCUCGGGGGUUCUUCAAGUGCACCUAACCUACAGGAUUAUGCUCGUACGCAUCGUAAAAAGCUGACCUCUUCUGGCUGCAUAGAUGACGCCACACGCGGUUCUGCUGUUAAAAGGUUUUCUAUCUCAUUUGCUCGACACCCAACCAAUGCUCUUUAAAUGCUACUUUUUGAAGAAAAAGAUGCUCAUUUGAUACGGCUGCAGUUUCUAAUGCUAUCAUAUGAAUAAGAACCUCUUAGAAGAAAAACAGAAGUCACAAAGAAAACAAGUCACAAAGAAAACAAAAUUCUAAGAAGAGAUGAUCCAGGCUUAAGACUAUAGGUUUUGUACCGAAUGCUUAUGUGUUUAUAACCAGUGUUGCAGAUUUUACCUAGGAGAACUCUGUGUUUACUGAAGAUAAAAAAAUAAUAAUUUUUUGUUAAAUUUAACUGAAAAUAGAGUAAUUAUAUAGUCAUCUAAUUUAGGCUUUUUAAGAAAAUGUGGCUUUUCCACAUAUUAUACAAUUUAAUGUGCAUAAAAUGCAUUCCUUUCAGUUCUAGAAAUAUUUCAUUUGGCCUUUCAAGAUUUGCUUCUUUUAUUUUCUUUUUUUAUGCUAUGUUGUCUUAUCUGUCCUAUAAAUUGUCAUUUGACUCUUCCUCUCACUUUUUAUUUCCCCUAACUUUCAUGUGAUUUCCAUCUUUAACACAUGUCAUGGACUCCUCCCCCCCGCCCCUUCAUCUUUAGUCCAAGGAACAUGGUGAAACAAGUAUCUUCUGACAGUGCUUUACCUUAUUUUCUGGGCCUCUGUGCAGAACACCUACACCUCUAUAGGUGCUGGUCCGUUUCCUCUGGAAUUUCUAGGCUCCAGUGGUAUGUUUUUAUAGCUUCUAAACAUGUCAGCAGGGUGGCUUUUUAAAUUGCUGCGCUAACCCUUUCAUUGUACAUUAAAAGAGAAGCUUCCUAAAGGUAAAUGGGAAAAAAUGGAGUCCAGAGGAAUGUGAUUAUACUAUCAUUUGCUUGCUAAAACAUCUAGCAGGCAAAUGAAAGAAAGUAACUAUUACAGAAGAGCUAUAAACAUCCUGAGGAAAGGAGAAAAACACAGUCUGUGUAGUGUAAUGCAAAGAAAGGGUUUGCGCUUAUUUGCAUGAAUCUUGUACUUUUAAAAAAAUGUAACAGUUGUGCAAGCCUAAUUUCUUUAGUGCUUAACUUAGGUAUUUUAGCUGCUAUUAUGGUAUUGUAGUUUUCUUUUAUUUUUAAGUAUGUGUAAAUGUUCUGUCAUGCUUCAGUUUGUACCUGAUAAUCAAGCACAUCAAUUUUCUAAGGCCUUUGGUUAUUUUCAUAGGAAGAUUAGAUUCCCUUUUAAUCAAUGAAAUUCCCUAUUCCUCCUGAAAAUUCCAACAGUUUUCAGAUCAAUAUUUCCUCCCAAAUUUUAAGUAAAAGAGCCCAGAAUUUUUAAAUGGGCACAUGCCUGCCGUAGUUCUAUUUUGCAGUCUGAAUUAAAUUUAACUUUUUAAGUAAUGGUGUUGGAUGUUUAUGUAAACUUAAUUUAAGUACUGAAAGUAUUUCUUUGGAGGAGAAUCAGUUUGAGUUAUUGAAAAAGUAGAUCCAGAAAGACCUGUUAUUUUAGCAGUAUAUGAAAGCAAUUUUAAAAGCCAUUCAGUUAAAUACAUUUUAAAUAGACAAUUUUCUUUUUUUAAAGUGAACAACCUGUAUCCUAUUUGUUUAUAAAAGGGAACUGUGUGUCUAAGUGCUUUUUUUUCACUGAUGGUAUUAAUACAUAGAUAGCUGCAUGAUUGUUUCAUGAGAUUUUUGUAUUUCUGUGCCAUUGUUAAAUAUGAAUGUAUUUGUAUUUUGUAUUGCUUUUUACAUGGCCUAACUUUACUCAACCAGUGAAUUCCAAUAAUACAAUUAUUGGUGCUCAUUCAAUAAAGGUAGGUGUAAUAUGUUUCAGAAUUUUAAUUCCAGCAGAAGUGAAGGAAUGUUGUUUUAGGAUCACAUCAGAGAGGAUUGUUGACCUUGGCAUGCCUAGAAAAGUGUCUAAAAGCACACUUCCUAAGUAAUUAUAUAAUUGUUUUCUAACAUUACCUUCAGUAUCCAGACAUCAGCUUAUUCAUCUGUUGAGUAUACCUGACUUUAAAAACAAAAACUGAAAAUUCUUCUUUUUUUUCUCCUAGGUUUUCUUCUUUAAAUAUUAUUCUUAGAUUUUACCAAUAUAGAAAGAAAUUGUGUGCAUGCUGUACUAUGUGCAUAUAUUUAAAAUAAAAUGUUUGUCUCAUCUUGUUUCUGUUCCAUAUUGCAUAGCAUCUGGUGUCAUGACUUGAGAGAUCUUGUAUGUUUGCAUGUGAUAGAUUGAAAAGACUUAAACUUCCAGUUCUAAGCAAUGAUCAUCUUCCUUUUUGAUUAUUGAUUUUUAAAAUGUCCAACUUUAUUUUUUCAUUUUUCU